GCGAGGAUAACGUGAUGGUGCGGGAUCGGCUGUUGUGACAGGUCACGAGUGACGCGAUUGGAUGCAACAACUUAACACCAACGCAUGUUUCCUUUUUUUGCAAACACCUCUUGUCGUCUUUGCCCGCUCUUGCUCGUCCUUCCUCCAGCCUCAUUCAUUCGCAAAUCAAGGCUUGAAUACAUUCAUCACGCGAACAUGAAACGGAAGGGGGCCCACGAUGGGUCUCCAAAGCUCGGAACGAGUCUGCAGAGCUCGAACAAGAGGAUCGCGACAAGACAGAAAUCAAGCAGGGGAAAAGUCAGCAAGCAUUGAUCGAACCGAAAGGCUCGAUCAAAAAAAAACCCCCCGACGUUGGAAGGACUUAAUGGCGCAGCCACAUCCAACCAUGACGAUGAAAACAAGGGCGACGAAAACUCUAAACAAGAUGAGACUUCAGAACACGACUCCAAAGGCCAGUAAGAGCAUGAAGGGGUCCAUGAGAUUCAUUCUCAAUCCCAGAGAAAUAAAGCUGAGUCAUGAAGCCCGAUUGAAACCACUGCGAGAGGCGUAUGCUGCUGAUCGAGCCACGUCUCUCGAAUUCGCGCGCAUGUUCCGUGCCGCCUGCCCCCGGAGCUCCGCAACUAGGUGUAUGAAGAACUCCUUCCGGCAGAGGCCCAAAUUACUCACCUUUCGACCGAGACAACCCGAGAAGAUAUGGCGCAGAUCAUGGGCCAACCUCGUUAUCUUUUCCCCUCAUACGUCGGUCAGGACGUUGCCACAGAGGCCUUAAAAGCAUAUUACAGCAAUGUCUUGUUCGUGUUCGCGCACAACUCGCACAAUCGCCACGAUGCGGAGUCCCAAUGUACAGUAGACGCUGGGGGGAUGUUCUGGUGGUUCAUCCAUGUGGACGUCUUCGGCCUGGGCGUUGUUCUGACAGCCAGCUCUGCUGCCUACUUCAGGACGCUAUCGCCUACUAGGCUGCUUACUGUGC